AGACAUGGCGCGGGCCGUGCUGGCGCUGGGCGAGUGCCUUCAGGCCGAGGCCACUUGCCCCGUCUGCCUGGAGCUCUUCUCCGAGCCCGUCAUCACCGAAUGCGGCCACAACUUCUGCGGCCCCUGCAUGGCCGAGGUGCUGGGGGUCCCGCCGCGCCCCGCCGCCUGCCCCCAGUGCCGCGCCACCGUGGCCCCCGGCUCGCUGCGGCCCAACCGCUCGUUGGGUGCCGUGGAGACACUCCAGAGCAACCUGGUUUUUCUACAAAAAGAGAAAGAAGAAUUUAAGCCCAAAGGAGAAGAGAAAAGUGAUGGCCUGCUGGAGAAGGUGGCCUCGGAGCGGCAGAGGCUGCAGGACACCUUCAAGCAGCUGCAGCAGUUCCUGCAGGAGCAGGAGGGCAUUCUGCUGGCCAAGCUUGACCAGGCGCAGAGGGAGCUCGCCAAGGAGCGCCACGAAUACGUCUCCAGUGUUUCAGAGAGGAAAUCGCUGCUGGACACACUGACUGUGGAGAUAGAGAAGAAACGUGACCAGCCGGUGGUCGAGUUCCUUAUGGAUGUUGGCAAAACCCUGAGCAGCUGCGAGGUGGCGAGGGCCCCGAUCCCAGAGCCGGUUUCUCUGGAGCUGCAGAGGACGGUUAAGAGCCUCUCUGAGAUAAACGAGCUGGUCGUGGCUGUAGUGGACAAAUUCAAAGUGAACCUGCUGAGCGAGAUGGACAGAGAAAGGGGUAAGUUUCUAGAGCUGAUGGGCACAAAUGAGGGAGAAAAGCUUUCCAGAAUGAGUUUCCUUCCAUCCUUGGGGCAGGGAUGGGCUCACACCACAACCUCUAAAUCCAGGGUCUGUCUAAAACCGGGUCCCUUCGUUUUGACUAGGCCUGCUACAAAAAUGCAGGUCCAUCCCCAUGUCAGGCAAUGCCCAGCGAUGCUGUCCUCUAACACCAAGCGAGGGCCAGGGCAGCACAAGGCCCUCGGCUUCCCUGUCUUUGGAGACUUUAUUCUUAUGCCGCAAUGUGUAAGGCUGUGCUCGGGGUCCACACAGUCCUGGCAGCAUCACAGGGCUCGGGUCCAGCUGUGCCAAGAGUACAUGUCCCAGCCCCAUGGAAGAGGGAGAGGUGCUGGUUCGCUCCUCAGCAGGCAAUGGACUGAUGUUUUGCUCUGUUGUGCAUUAGUGAAGGUGACACUGGACCCAGAGACGGCAAGCCCAUACCUGAUCCUCUCGAAGGACCGCAAAACCGUGUGGCUGGGAGACGGACAGCAAAACCUCCCUGACAGCCCCAAGAGAUUCACGGGCAGCCCCAGCGUCCUAGGGUCCCAGGGGUUCACGGCUGGGAAGCAUUACUGGGAGGUGGAGGUAGGGGAUGGGGACAGCUGGGCUGUGGGGGUGGCGGUGGAGUCUGUGCAGAGGAAGGAAUCGCUCAGCAUGGCCAUGGGGAAGAUCUGGGCCCUGCGGCUGGACUGGAAUCACCAGUACACGGCACUCCACAUGCCCCCUGCCCCUCUGGCACUGAAGCAAGAGCCCCGGAGAAUCAAGGUCCACCUGGACUACGAAGUAGGCCAAGUGACCUUCUACAAUGCGCAGAACGGGAUGCAGAUCUUGCAGUUCAAGGCCUCCUUCACAGAGAAGGUCUUCCCUUACUUUUGGCUCUGGUCACAAGAAGCCUACAUCCAGCUGUGUGCCUGACAGGGUCAGAUGCCUCCCGGUCCCCUGCCCGUGCCCUUGGCUAGCUGAAUAGGCAAGAGGUGUGGGAAUGACGCAGCAUAGCGUUGCAGACUCACUGCAGCUCUGCCUGGGCUGGAUCCCCUCUGCAUGUUGCUGCAUCUCCUCCU